CGCCGCGCCCCUCCCCCGCCCGCGAUGGAGGCGCCGGGCCGCGCGGCCGGGGCGGAGGCGGAGCCCGAGCGCCGGCCAUGGCGGGAGCCCUGCGUAUCACUGCUGAAACUGUGCCCGGCCACCUGGUACCCCAUGAAGCGCGAAGCCAAGCCUAGUGGGGUGGGGGCCCUCAGCCGAUUCCUGUGCACGGACUGCCCAGGGGACGCCGCGAUGUACGCCUCCACCGAGUGCAAGGCGGAGGUGACCCCAUCUCAGGACGGCAACCGCACCUUCAGCUACACCCUUGAGGACCACACCAAGCAGGCCUUCGGCAUCAUGAACGAGCUGCGGCUCAGCCAGCAGCUGUGCGACGUGACGCUGCAGGUGAAGUACGAGAACAUUCCGGCGGUCCAGUUCAUGGCCCACAAGGUGGUGCUGGCCUCGUCCAGCCCCGUGUUCAAGGCCAUGUUCACCAACGGGCUCCGCGAGCAGGGCAUGGAGGUGGUGUCCAUCGAGGGCAUCCACCCGCAGGUCAUGGAGCGCCUCAUCGAGUUCGCCUACACCGCGUCCAUCUCCAUGGGCGAGAAGUGCGUGCUGCACGUGAUGAACGGCGCCGUCAUGUACCAGAUCGACAGCGUGGUGCGCGCCUGCAGCGACUUCCUGGUCCAGCAACUGGACCCCAGCAACGCCAUCGGCAUCGCCAACUUCGCCGAGCAGAUCGGCUGCACCGAGCUGCACCAGCGGGCCCGGGAAUACAUCUACAUGCACUUCGGAGAGGUGGCCAAGCAGGAGGAAUUCUUCAACCUGACCCACUGCCAGCUGGUGACGCUCAUCAGCCGCGACGACCUGAACGUGCGCUGCGAGUCGGAGGUGUUUCACGCCUGCAUCGACUGGGUCAAGUACGACUGCGAGCACCGCCGGUACUACGUGCAGGCGCUGCUGCGCGCGGUGCGCUGCCACUCGCUGACGCCGCACUUCCUGCAGAUGCAGCUGCAGAAGUGCGAGAUCCUGCGCGCCGACUCGCGCUGCAAGGACUACCUGGUGAAGAUCUUCCAGGAGCUCACGCUGCACAAGCCCACGCCCGUGGUGCCCUGCCGCGCGCCCAAGGUGGGCCGCCUCAUCUACACGGCCGGCGGCUACUUCCGACAGUCGCUCAGCUACCUGGAGGCCUACAACCCCUGCACCGGCACCUGGCUGCGGCUGGCCGACCUGCAGGUGCCCCGGAGCGGCCUGGCGGGCUGCGUGGUCGGCGGGCUGCUCUACGCCGUCGGGGGCCGGAACAACUCCCCCGACGGCAACACCGACUCCAGCGCCCUGGACUGCUACAACCCCAUGACCAACCAGUGGUCGCCCUGCGCCCCCAUGAGCGUGCCGCGCAACCGCAUUGGGGUCGGCGUCAUCGACGGCCACAUCUAUGCCGUCGGGGGCUCCCACGGCUGCAUCCACCACAACAGCGUGGAGAGGUACGAGCCCGAGCGGGACGAGUGGCAUCUGGUGUCCCCGAUGCUGACCCGGAGGAUCGGCGUGGGCGUGGCUGUUCUCAACCGCCUGCUCUACGCCGUCGGGGGCUUCGACGGCACCAACCGCCUCAACUCGGCCGAGUGCUACUACCCGGAGAGGAACGCGUGGCGCAUGAUCACCCCCAUGAACACCAUCCGGAGCGGCGCAGGAGUCUGCGCACUGCACAACUGCAUCUACGCGGCAGGGGGCUACGACGGCCAGGACCAACUGAACAGCGUGGAGCGCUACAAUGUGGAGACGGAAACGUGGGCCUUCGUGGCCCCCAUGCAGCACCGGCGAAGCGCCCUGGGGAUCACCGUGCAUCAGGGGAGAAUCUACGUCCUGGGAGGCUACGACGGCCACACAUUCCUGGACAGCGUGGAGUGCUAUGACCCAGACACGGACUCCUGGAGCGAGGUGACGCGCAUGACUUCCGGGCGCAGCGGCGUGGGCGUGGCCGUCACCAUGGAGCCCUGCCGGAAACAGGUGGACCAGCAGAACUGCACCUGCUGACCCCGCCCACUGCGCCGAGCUUGGGGUGGUUGGUUUUUUUCCCCGCCCCCCGGGUUUUUUUUUCUACAAAGACGGACAGAAGACAGAGCCAAUCAGCAUCCGCCGAGGCGGGACCUGGGACGUCUCUGCGCUAAUGAUAACCCAAUGGGAGCCUGCCCCGCCCUCCCGCUGGCCUGGGCGGGGCACAGGGGAAAGGGCACCGCCCCUCCCUCCGGGGCGGAGAUCACCUCGGUUUUCCCAUCCUGCUGCUGGGUGAUGGUUGGGUUCCCCCCACAGGACCCAGGAGGGUCUCCAGCCAGGCUGCGCGGGCCAAGCCUCUCCAGGACCCGUAGUUAAAUGCCCAGGACGGACCUGGACUUGCCAGGCCACCAGGUCCCUGGUGACAUUUUGUUAAGUAACCCUGUAACUUUCCAAUGAAAAUAAAGAACAGACUAAC